AUGGUUAUCCUUGCUGCAACACAAACAAAAAAAGCUUCAUCAAGGCAAUCAUCCACCAGUGAUGAUUCCGAUGAUGAUAUACCUGUGAAGAAAGGAGUUUCGACUCAAAUUCAAAAGAAGGCAGCAAUACCUCCACCAAAGGCAUUGUUAUCAAAUGGAAAUAAUAAAAAGAAAGAUUCAUCAGAUUCAAGUGAUGAUGAUGAUAAGAAAAAACCAUCGGUAAAUUCAAAAACCACACAACCAGUUAAAACUGAUCUGAAACGUAAAGCAGCUUCAUCAACUAGUUCCAGUUCAGAUUCCGAUGAUGCUGCACCACCAGUAAAUAAAAAACAAACACCAGCUACGUCUAUUAAAACUAAUGAUGCUUCCGUCGUCAAGAAAACUACUCUACCACCAUCAACAAAUCUUUCAAAUAACAAGAAAAAGGACUCUUCAUCAGAUUCUGAUUCGUCGGAUGAUGAUGGUCAACCAACAAAUAAGAGACCAGUUUCAUCAAAUGUAACACAAAAAGCUGCUAUUCCACCACCAGCUAGUCUUUCCAGUCAUAAGAAAAAGGAUUCUUCAUCAGAUUCUGAUUCAUCUGAUGGUGAUACACAAAAGAAAAAUGUACCAGUUAAAGCACCAACAACUGCUAAACCAGCACAACAACCAGCUAAAAAGGCUGCUUCAUCAGAUAGCAGUGAUUCAGACGAUGAUGAUAAACCAGCUGCUAAAAAACCAACCGUAUCAAAAGGUACAUAUCUUUCGUCGAUUCAUACCUUACCUGUUUAUAUGAAUUUCUUCUUUACAGUUACACCAACUGUAACAAAAGCUGUAGUAUCAUUACCAGCUCCUGUUUCAAAUAAUAAGAAAAAAGAUUCUUCAUCAGAUUCUGAUUCAUCCGAUGAUGAUACGCAAAAGAAAAAUGUACCAGUAAAAGCACCAACAGCUACUAAACCAGUACAACAACCAGUUAAAAAAGCUGUCUCAUCAGAUAGCAGUGAUUCAGAUGAUGAUGAUAAACCAACAAACAAGACUCCAGUUCCAUCAAAGGUGACACAAAAAGCUGUUAUUCCAUCACCAGCUACUGUUUCGAAUAAGAAGAAAAAAGAUUCAUCAUCCGAUUCGGAUUCGUCAGAUGAAGAUACUAAGAAAAAAGUACCAGUAAAAACAUCAACAACUACUAAACCAAUUCAACAACCAGUAAAAAAAGCAGUUUCAUCAGAUAGCAGUGAUUCAGAUGAUGAUGAUAAACCGGCAAACAAGAAACCAGUUACACCGGUAACUAAAAGCUCAGUUACAGCACCUAUAAAAAAGAAAGAUAGUUCAUCUGAUUCUGAUUCAUCAGAUGAUGAAGACAAAAAUAAAAAGACAACUACUGUAGCAGCUAAACCAUUAUCAACAUCUACUCCAGUUCAACAACCGAGUAAAAAAUCUGCUCGAUCAAGCAGCAGUAGUGAUUCAGAUGACGAUGCACCAGCUAAAAAAGCAGCUGCAACUAAAGUUGCUGUAACACCAGUAGCUAAAAAACCUAUCGUAUCAACACAAGCUAUGGCAUCAAAUACUAAAAAGAAAGACUCAUCAUCUGAUUCAGAUUCGUCAGACGAGAAUGAGAAAAAACCAUCGACAGCACUUGCCAAUAAACCUAAAAUGAUUCCUACUGCUUCAAAGAAAAAGGCAGCAUCGAGCAGUAGUAGUGAUUCGGAUGAUAAUAAAACAGAAGUAAAAACACCACUAAAAGGUACCGCUGCUGUUACAAUUACGAAAAAAGGUCUUGUACCACAACAAUCAGCAGCUUUGCCAAAUAAAAAAGCAAAGGAAUCCUCAUCUUCAGAUUCAUCAGAUGAAGCUAAUAAUAAAGAAUCUGCCAAAGUUGCUCCAGUACCAGUGAAAAAAACCAAUAAACCAAGUAGUUCAAGUAGUAGUGAUUCAGAUGUGAAACCAUCAAAAACAGCUUCUAAAGCCUCUACUACACCCGUUACUCCAGCAACAAAAAAACCCAUUGUUACUACUCCAGCAAAUGCUAUGAACAAGAAACAAGAUACAUCAUCUUCGUCUGAUUCAUCGGAUGAUGACACACAAAAGAAAGCACCAGUCAAAUCACCAAUAACUGCUAAACCAGCACAACAACCAGUUAAAAAAACUGUCUCAUCAGGCAGCAGUGAUUCAGAUGACGAUAAUAAACCAGCUGCCAAGAAGCCAGUGGUAUCAAAAGCUACACCAACUGUAACAAAAGUUGUAGUACCACCACCAGCUUCUGUUUCAAAUAACAAGAAAAAAGAUUCUUCAUCCGAUUCUGAUUCAUCAGAUGACCAUAAACAGAAAAAAGCACCAGUAAAAACACAAACUACUGCUAAACCAACUCAAUCACCAGUUAAAAAACCAGCUACAUCAAGUAGCAGUGACUCAGAUGAUGAUGAACCAAAGAAGACUCCAGCUCAAUCAAAAGGUAACUAUUCUUCCUUUCUAAGAGAUGUAUCUCAUGGUUUCAUUCUAGCAACACAAAAAGCUGCUAUACCACCACCAACUUCUCUUUCAAAUACUAAGAAAAAAGGUUCUUCAACAGAUUCUGAUUCAUCAGAUGAUGAUACACAAAAGAAAGCACCAGUCAAAGCCCCGACAUCUACUAAACCAGCACAACAACCAGUCAAAAAACCAGCUUCAUCAAAUAGCAGUGAUUCAGAUGAUGAUGAUAAUAAACCAGCUGUAUCAAAAGCUACACCAACUGUGACAAAGGCUGCAAUACCACCAACAGCUACUGUUUCGAAUAAUAAGAAAAAAGAUUCUUCAUCAGAUUCUGAUUCAUCUGAUGAUGAUACGCAAAAGAAAAAUGUACCAGGAAAAGCACCAACAGCUACUAAACCAGUACAACAACCAGUUAAAAAAGCUGUCUCAUCAGAUAGCAGUGAUUCAGAUGAUGAUGAUAAACCAACAAACAAGACUCCAAUUCCAUCAAAGGUGACACAAAAAGCUGCUAUUCCACCACCGGCUACUGCCUCGAAUAAGAAGAAAAAAGAUUCAUCAUCCGAUUCGGAUUCGUCAGAUGAAGAUACUAAGAAAAAAGUACCAGUAAAAACAUCAACAACUACUAAACCAGUUCAACAACCAGUAAAAAAACCUGCUUCAUCAGAUAGCAGUGAUUCAGAUGAUAAUGAUAAUAAACUAGCUGCUAAGAAACCAGUUGUAUCAAAGGCACCAGUCACACCGGUAACUAAAAGCUCAGUUACAGCAUCUAUAAAAAAGAAAGAUAGUUCAUCUGAUUCUGAUUCAUCAGAUGAUGAAGACAAAACGAAAAAGACAACUACUGUAGCAGCUAAACCAUUAUCAACAUCUACUCCAGUUCAACAACCAACUAAAAGAUCUGCUCCAUCAAGCAGCAGUAGUGAUUCAGAUGAUGAUACAUCAGCGAAAAAAACAGCUGCAUCUAAAGUUGCUGUAACACCAGUAGCUAAAAAGUCUGUCGUAUCAACACAAGCUAUGGCAUCAAAUACUAAAAAGAAAGACUCAUCAUCUGAUUCAGAUUCUUCAGAUGACGACAAGAGUAAAACAAAACCAACUAUUUCAGCUGCUAAACCUGUUCCUACACCAACAACAAAGAAGCCUGCUGCCUCUAGCAGUAGUAGUGAUUCAGACGAUGAUACAGUUACUAACAAAAAGCCAACACAACAAAGUUCAUCUGUGAAAACUCCUACUACACCUGCCAUUCAAUCGAUUGCUAAAAGUUCUGCUGUAUCAAAUACUAAUAAUAAGAAAAAACAAGAAACAUCUACUUCUGAUUCAUCUGAUGAAGAUGACAAGAAACAACCAGCUAAACCAAAUGUAGCUACAUCUGUUCAAUCGACCAAACGCAAAGCACCUUCGUCAAGUAGUUCAGAUUCAGAUGAUGAUGUUGCACCACCAGUGAAUAAAAAACAAACACCAUCGAUACCAAAUAAAACUAAUGUAACUCCAGUCGUCAACAAAGUUGCUGUUAUUCCAUCAACAAAAGUUUCUAAUAAUAAGAAACAAGAUUCAUCAUCUGAUUCCGAUUCAUCCGAUGAAGAUACUAAGCAGAAAACAUCAGUCGUAGCCGCUAAAUCUGUACCAACUACAAAAUCUAGUCAACAAUCAUUAAAAAAAACUGCUUCAUCAAGUGGUAGCGAUUCGGAUGAUGAUGAUGUACCAACAAACAAAAAACCUAGUGUUGUCAAUAAACCAACAGCUCAAUCAACUAAUCUCUCAAAUAAUAAUAAAAAGAUUGCUUCAUCAAGUAGUAGUAGCGAUUCUGAUGAUGAUAAACCAACAACAAACAAAAAAUCUCUUGUCAAUGGUUCAGCUGUAACCAAACCAUCUGUUACAUCAAUCAAUGGUAAUGGUCCUUUAAAACGUAAAGCAUCAUCAUCAUCAUCAUCAAAUAGUGAUUCCGAAGAGGACAAACCAUCUAAUAAUGUAUCUACCAAUGAUACAACAAAAACAAAUAAUCAAGAAAUGACUGUUUCAAAAAAUAAUGAUAAACAAAAGCGUAAAACAUCACCAUUUCGACGUGUUCGUGAAGAAGAUGCUGAUCUAAAAUAUCUAGAAAAAAUUGGUAAAAAUGCAUUUGAACAUAAGGCUGGUGCACGUGGCUCAUGGGGUGAAAAAGCAAAUACUGAUUUAAAAAAUACUCGUGGUAAAAGUUUUCGUCAUGAAAAAACUAAAAAGAAACGUGGUUCAUAUCAUGGUGGUAAAAUUGAUUCAGUUAAUUCGUAUUCAAUAAAAUUCGAUGAUUCAGAUGACUAA